UGGAGCAGUAACAAACGCUUUGCAACUCUGGCCUGGAUACUUUGUUGCGAGCGCUCUUAUCCCUGAGAGCCCCGGGGUCUCCUCUCGCCCUCUGGCCCAUCCCUCCCUCCCCACACACACAGACAGUUUCCCUGGAGCUGCCCCCCUGAGGAGCUCGGGGUGCUGCAUUUUCACUGUUCCCUUCCUCCCCCCACCUUGGGUCACCGCAGGAAGAUUUUCGAGAAGGCGGGAAGUAAUGGGUUUGCAGCCCCUGGAGUUCAGUGACUGUUACCUGGGGAGACCUUACUUUUGGGAACGGUUGAGAGCACACGAAGCCGAGUUGGAAAAGACCAACAAGUUCAUUAAGGAGCUGCUGAAGGAUGGCAAAGCGCUGAUCGCAGCCAGCAAGGCUCUUUCAGCAGCACAACAGAAAUUCGCUCGAUCACUUGGGGAAUUUUCCUUUGAGUUUAUUGGAGAUGCUGAGACAGAUGAUGAACGGUGUAUUGAUGAGUCACUUCAGGAAUUUGCAACAUUUCUACAUAACCUUGUGGAGCAAAGAGAAAUGAUGACGCUAAACAUCUUUGAAACAUUUAUCAAACCGCUGGAGAAAUUCAGAAAGGAUCAAAUUGGAGCAGCAAAGGAAGAAAAGAAAAAGUAUGACAAGGAAACUGAGAAAUACUACAGCUUUUUGGAGAAACAUGUCAAUUUAUCAGCAAAGAAAAAAGAAGCGUUGCUAGUUGAGGCUGAUAGUCAGCUAGAGCAGAUACGGCAACAUUACUAUGAGCUGUCACUGGAGUACGUGUGUAAGGUGCAAGAAAUUCAAGAGCGGAAGAAAUUUGAGUUUGUGGAGCCUAUGCUGUCCUUUUUCCAGAUGCUUUUCACCUUUUAUCAUCAAGGCUACGAGUUGGCCAAAGAUUUUGACCAUUACAAAACAAACCUACACCUGAACAUACAAAAUGCAAGAAAUCGCUUUGAGGGUGCAAGGUCAGAAGUAGAGGAACUAAAGAAUAAAAUUCAGAAAAGCCCUCAUGAGUUGAUCAGAGCAACCCCUUUUACUGCAGAGGGUUACCUUUAUCUACACGAGAAAAGAACAGGCCCUUUUGGCUCGAGUUGUGUGAAACAUUACUGUUCGUAUAAAAAGGAGACAAAGACUUUUACCAUGGUGCAGUUUGAUCAGAAGUCAGGUGGGAAAAUUGGGGAUGAGGAUACGUUCAUUCUUAAAUCCUGCACAAGGAAAAAAUCUGAUGCCACAGACAAGAGAUUUUGUUUUGAUAUUGAAGCCGUGGGCAGGCAAGGUGUGAUUACCAUGCAGGCUAUUACAGAAGAUGAUCGCAGGCAGUGGAUGGAAGCAUUGGACGGAAAAGAACCAGUAUAUUUAAUUACUAGGAGUAAUUCCAAGAAAGAAGGAAGUAUACAACUGGAUGAGACGGGUUUCACACUAAUAAAGAAGUGCAUCCAUGUUCUUGAAACACGGGGACUUAAUGAUCAAGGAAUAUAUAGAGUGGUUGGAGUCAGUUCAAAAGUCCAGAGGCUUAUGAGUUUGCUGACUGAUUCAAAGAUUUGUGUUGAUCUGGAUCUGCACAAUUCACUAGAAUGGGAAACAAAGACCAUCACCAGUGCACUGAAACAAUAUUUACGAAAUCUACCAGAGCCCCUCAUGACUUACAAGUUGCACGGGGAAUUCAUCUUGCUGGCCAAAUGUGCCAGCCCAGAUUCCAGAACCAAACCAAUUCAUUCCCUCAUCCAUAAACUUCCGGAAAAGAAUCGAGAGAUGCUGGACAUUCUCAUCAAGCAUUUAGUCAACGUAUCUAAUAAUUCAAAACAGAACUUGAUGACCAUUGCAAAUCUUGGUGUCGUGUUUGGGCCUACACUAAUGAGAGCACGGGAGGAAACGGUUGCUGCCAUCAUGGACCUGAAGUUUCAGAACAUCGUGGUGGAAAUUCUGAUCGAAAAUUAUGAAAAGAUAUUCCGGACUGUUCCAGAUUCAAGUGCAAGUCAGGCAGACACCUCUUCAACACAAUCCUCCAGCAUACUGACCAGACGGACUUCACACGGACCACGUCAUUCCAGGCCCAUAGCUGUUUACAAUUUUUCUGUGGAUCUAAGUAAAGCUGAGAAUCCUAACAGUGUCAGAGACAAUACACCAAGUGGAAGCAUGGAAUCCAUUUCUUCCCAUUCAUCGAUAACUACCACAUCCUCCAACUCUAACAGCCCCCCAGAACAGGCGAGGAGUCGUGUCCAUCCUGCGAAUAUAGAUAUCACUGAUUGCACAUCUUCCCCUUCUUCUCUAUCAAUGGCUUCCUGGUUCAAUUCUUCACCAGCUUCACCAGCAUCAUCUUUACCAUCCUUCCAGUUUCCACCUGUGACCGCUGUCUGUGAUAAACCACCUAAUGGGGUUCCAACUGAUAAAGCCAAGGCUGUUUAUUCGUGUGAAGCAGAACAUUACUCUGAGUUAUCCUUCAAAGUAGGAGCCAUAUUUGAAAAUGUUCACUUCUCACAGGAACCUGGCUGGUUGGAAGGAACUCUCAAUGGCAAAACAGGGCUCAUUCCACAAAAUUAUGUUGAAUUCCUGUAGCACCGAACCGUUUAAAUUUAUAGAAAAUGCUAUUCAUGGUAUCCAUGGCCAUGUCCUCGAUGGAACAGAAUUCCUGUUUGUUCGAACCUAACUCCAUGACUCAGAUUUCUCAAUUGGAAUCAAGAGGAAUAUUCAUUUCUAAAACUAACAUACAACCAAUCUCAAACCUCUGUAAACCUGUGUGCUUUUAAAACUUCAAUAUUGCCCGAAGUGUUACUGUAACUACUUCAUGUCAUUUUAAUUAUUACAAGCUUUUAUUAUAGGAUGAAUUGGUACAGUUUUAACAAUAUGUUUGAUGUUGUAAUAACCUGAAACAAAACUCGUUCUAUCUGUUUUGACUUCAGUCUACUUUCUAAGAAUUCUCUUAUUUUCAUGUUGCUUUCUCAGCAAAUGAAGAAGGACUCGCAAUAAAAGGUUGUUUGGGGGUGGGGGAGAGUUGUUCCUGUUUCAUUGUUGAUUAUGUCAAAUGGUCAGAUGUUUCAGUUUUAAGAAACAUUGGGAGAGCUUUUUUUUUACAAAACAUCUUGUGCAUUUCUACAACAUGAAGUAAUUUGCUGCAUUUUACCUUUCAAUAUCAAACAACAGACCUAAUGAUGGCAAUGGACUUUCAUUUUUACAUAAUGUUAGUGAAUGUUGGAUAGGGUUUUCAUUGAUAUUUGAAAAUUGGGAAAUUCCAUUCAGUUUUUAACAAGAAGAGGUAUUUAGAUUCCUCACUUACUGUGUAUUUGUAUUUAUUUUAACUAUGUGAAAUGUAUUAUUUCUGAUUUAAUGAUUUAUUGUACUUCUGAAAACUAUCCUUAAAUAAUAACAUGCACAUGAACAUGGUAAAAAAAAGUCACAACCCUAAAGCCUUCAGAAAUCUUUAUUCUGUAA